CACCAUGGGAGCAAUUGUUGAUAACAGUAAGCAAAUAAGGUCGAUAAGUUUUCUUGUUUCUGAUUGGCUGUAAAUUAGUUGACCAAUAAGAAUUUAGCCAAUAGUUGUUCUCUCUUCCCUUCAGUUCUAAUACUGCAUUUAAUCGGAAUAUAAGCUAUCUGUGAAAAACUAAAUUUGUCAACAACCUCUACUUAGACAAAAUAAAAAUGAAACUACUCUUGGCAACUUUCAUACUUUUAAUAGCCUUAAUGAGUCGAUUAGCUGUUGUACCGAACGGAAAGAUUGGUGAGAAAGAAGCUGUUGUUUCAUUGUCCGCAAGUGAAUGCUAUCAACGUGUAACGGAUACUCAGACAUAUCCACGUUGGAUGCCUUCUGUUAUAUCAACGGAAAGUGAAAGGAAACCAUUUUAUGCCAGUAUCGGUGGCGAAUUUGUUUUGGUGAUUGAUUAUGGAUUUCUAGGAACUAUUUCAUAUGAUGCGCAUAUAUUAUCUGUAGAACCAAACAGUCGAUUUACAUUUAUCCUAGAUGACUGGUUAGAAACUAAAUUUGAUUUCUUCAUAUCUCCCAUGGAUAAAGAAAAAUCGAGAAUUAAAUUAACUGUCAUUUCGAAUAAGCACAAUUUAUUUUAUAAUCAUAUAAUCCUACCGAUCGCUCAUUUGUACUACUCAAAUUGGUUAACUCAAUGUUUAUUACGUUUCCAGUUGACAUACUCUUAGUAAAUAUGGAGAUAUUUUUCCGCUAACAAAUAGAAAAUUUGUAUAAGAUUCAGAUCUGAGAAUAAAAAAACAACAACAAGAAAUCGAUUUCUUCUUACAACAGUUUGAAAUAUAAGGUACUAAUAUGCGUAUAAUUUUACAAGUGCCUGUUUAAAUUUGCACGAGACUUUUAAUUGGUUGUAUAGGUUUUACUUGUAUUGAAACAUUGAACAAAUAGAAUAAUUUCUUUGUGUAAUUUAUUUGAUAAUUUUUACAGUAUCAAAAAUACAAUCAUAAAAUGAUUUUAUGGAAAAAAAUUAAAACUUUUUAAAUAUCAG